CAGACAAAGUUUCCUUUGGGGGCUGCCAGUGGGUUUUCUGUGGGGCAGCCAUGGGGCCGGGCCUGAUCCUGCCAGCGACUCUCCUGCCGAUGGUACAUCUUUGUCUCACCCUGGUCCAUGGAGUGGAAGGAAGACUCCCGCCCCCUGCCGCCCAUUUCCUGCACCAGUUCAAGCCCGAGUGCCGCUUCGCCAACGGGACGGCGGGCGAGGUGCGCUACCUGGAGAGGCACUUCUACGACCGCCAGGAGACCCUCCGCUUCGACAGCCGCCGCGGGACCUUCGAGGCCCUCACCGCGCUGGGCCGGCCGGAGGCCGACGCCUGGAACAGCCGCAAGGACAUCCUGGACAGCGCGCGGGGCGCCGUGGACUACUACUGCCGCUACAACUACGGGAUCUUCGAGGGCUUCUUCAGAACCAGGAAGGCUCAGCCCACAGUGAAAAUCUCCUUCACCAAGGCAGAGCCCCAGUCCCACCACAGCCUCCUGAUCUGCACCGCGGCAGGAUAUUAUCCCUCGGAGAUUAAUUUCAAGUGGCUGAAGAACGGGCAGGAGCAGACGGAGGGGGUGGGGUACGCGGAGGAGCUCCAGAACGGAGACUGGACCUUCCAGAACCAGGUGAUGCUGGAGACGGUGCCUGAGCGGGGAGACGUCUACGCCUGCAAAGUGGAGCACAGGAGUGUGGAGGAGCCCAUCACCGUGCAGUGGGAGCCACAGAGGUCAGACUCUGCCAACAGCAAAUUGUGGACGGGGGCCAUGGGAGGCCUGCUGGGGGUGGUCCUGGGGGUCGGGGGACUCUCCCUCUACCUGAAGAAGAAAAAAGCGCUUCCCGCCGCACCUGCUGCAGGGCUCAUGAGUCCGUCCUGAUGGCUGCAAAUCUUAUAUCCAGAAAAGGAUUUUCUUUAGCAAGCAAGAUGCUCGUGUUCUUCUACCACCUAUUCUACUGAUUCGCCUCCAACACACACGGGAAGUCAUCUGAGUUCAGGCCGUGUUGUGACUGUGUGUUGCUAAAAUCGCCCUUGGGGGCUGCUGGGGUGGCUGGCAAGUCCGUGAUUUCGCAAGAUCUCCCGCUAACAGCUGCUGCUGCAAACAGGCUACGAAAAGGCAUUUAUUAAUCUGCAUGGAUGACUUUAACUGGAGGAGCAGUGUCCCUUUUUAGUCUAUUUUAAAAGAAUACUUUAUAUAUA